AUGUCCUUCGACAAUAUCCGCUCUCGUUACGAAGCCGCUGGCCAAGGUCACCUCUUCAAAUUCUGGCCCAAGUUAUCUCAAGAAGAGCAAGCAUCACUUCUCGCUCAGCUCGAAAAUCUCGACAUCGAACGCGUUAAUCGAAUUUACAAGAAAGCCGUUAGCAGCGAGGCGGGAGCUGCCAAUGGUAAUGCCCAACCCGAUGACAUUGAACCGCUACCAAAGGGUGCAUCGGACUCUGUUGGCAACGCAGCCAAGGACCUUGAGUGGCGAAGAAUAGGUCUGGAGGCUAUUUCGCGGGGACAAGGCUGCUACGAUAUCGGCCUUCCCUCACACAAAUCCCUCUUCCAAUACCAAGCCGAACGUAUUGCCAGGCUGCAGAUCGUUGCGGAGACAGAAUUCGAGAAACCAGCUGGAAGCGUUGUAAUUCCUUGGUAUGUCAUGACCAGCGGACCUACACGUCGGGACACCGAAGCCUUCUUCACCCAACAUUCGCAUUUCGGUCUCAAACCGCAGAAUGUCAUCUUCUUCGAGCAGGGUACAUUACCUUGUCUCACCAUGGAAGGCAAAGUCCUACUUGACAGUACUUCUCACGUCGCUGUCGCCCCAGACGGCAACGGUGGUCUCUAUGCGGCUACACGAGCCCCGCUAUCACCUGCAGACAAAUCACAUACGGUCCUCUCAGAUCUCUCUAAGCGCAAAGUGCUCUAUGUACAUGCGUACUGCGUUGACAACUGUCUUGUCAGGGUUGCCGAUCCCGUCUUCCUCGGCUAUAGCAUCGCAAAGCAAGCUGAUUGCGCAGCUAAAGUCGUUCCAAAAACCCAGCCUACCGAAUCUGUUGGAGUAGUCGCCUACCGCGGCAACAAGCCCGGUGUUGUCGAGUAUUCUGAGAUCUCGAAGGAACAGGCAGAAAGAAGGGACGAGAACGGCGAACUCGCCUUCCGUGCCGGUAACAUCGCAAAUCAUUUCUACACCACCCAGUACCUCAAUUCAGUGGAGACGUUUGAGGAGGAACUAGCAUUCCACAUCGCGCGCAAGAAGAUUCCUCACGUCGACAUAGAGACUGGUGAGAUCGUCAAGCCCUCCAAGGUCAACGGCAUGAAACUAGAAAUGUUUGUUUUCGACGUUUUCCCAUACACGGAACGUUUCACGGUAUUGGAGGUUGAGCGCAAAGAAGACUUCAGCCCGCUGAAGAAUGCCCCCCUAACAGGUUCCGAUGACCCCAAGACCAGUCGUCGUGACUUGCUUUCCCAACACAGGCGCUUCUUGGAGAAGGCAGGUGCUACGGUGCAAAAUGGCGUGGAGAUUGAGAUUUCACCCUUAGUCAGUUAUGCAGGUGAAGGCCUCGAAACUGUUAAGGGAAAGACUUUCACGAGAUCGGGCAUUGUUGAAGGAGUUGAAGAGUUGGACGCGUUAGUAUAAUAUACCCCCCAUUCUUUUAUCUGGACUUGGAUAGGACUUCCGCAUGGACCUUAUACUUUGCAUUUGCAGUCAUAAUGUAUCUUAGUUGUGUCAACUAGGCACAUGUUCAUCUGGCAACUUCUUCUGCGUCGCGUUA